AGCGCUCGCCGUAGUCCCUCUCCAUCCAUCCUCGGGCUGAAUCUCCGCCAAGAAGAUGCUGAGAAUAGCCGGCGUGUUGGCUGUAGUGGCUCUGGGGUUGAGUGCCGCUCACACCAAAGUGAACAAACACAAGCCGUGGAUUGAAACAUCGUACCAUGGGGUGAUCACUGAGAAUACUGAUGUUGUUAUGCUGGAUCCUCCUCUGGUGGCCCUGGACAAGGAUGCCCCGAUCCCCUAUGCAGGGGAGAUUUGUGCGUUCAAUAUCCACGGCCUGGAGGCUCCGUUCGAGGCGGUGGUGCUGAACGGUACCUCUGGUGAGGGUCAGCUAAGGGCACGAGGUCUGGUGGACUGUGAGCUGCAGAAGGAAUACACCUUCAUCAUUCAGGCGCACGACUGCGGCUCUGGUCCCGGGGGCACAGAGGGCAAGAAGUCCCACAAGGCGGUGGUGCACAUUCAGGUCAACGACGUCAACGAGUUCGCCCCGGUGUUUCGGGAGACACAGUACCGAGCCGCAGUGACAGAGGGCAAGAUUUACGACAGCAUCCUGCAGGUGGAGGCCACUGACCAGGACUGCUCCCCACAAUACAGCCAGAUCUGUAACUACCAGAUCACCACGACCAACACACCCUUCGCUAUAGAUCGCAAUGGUAACAUCCGGAACACAGAGAAGCUGAUCUACGACCGCCAGCAGCAGUAUGAGAUCCAGGUGACGGCAUGGGACUGCGGCCAGAAGAGAGCCUCACACAGCGUCCCUGUCCGCAUUGACGUCAAGCCUGUCUGCAAGCCUGGCUGGCAAGGUUGGAAUAAACGAGUGGACUACGAGCCAGGAACGGGGAGUAAGCAGCUGUUUCCUAAGAUGCACCUGGAGACCUGUGGCGGGCCCCUGUCGUCUGUGAGGACCACAGUGGAGCUGCAGACCAGCCACAUUGGGAAAGGCUGCGACCGUGAGACCUACUCUGAGAAAUCUCUACAGAAACUCUGUGGGGCGUCCUCAGGCAGCACUGACCUUCUCCCUGCGCCCAGCACUGCCACCAACUGGACGGCGUCGCUGGUGACCGACAGCGGCAGGGACAGUGACUUGAUCUUCAGGUUUGACGGUCGUCAGGCCGCAAAAAUCCCCGACUGGGUGGUACCCCAGAAUCUGACAGAUCAGUUCACGGUAGCAACCUGGAUGAAACAUGGACCCAGUAUUGGACUCAGAGCCGAGAAGGAGACUCUACUUUGUAACUCGGACAAAACAGAGAUGAACCGUCAUCACUACUCGCUGUAUGUUCAUAAUUGCCGUCUGGUGUUCCUGCUGAGGAGAGACUUCACCCAGGUGGACACCUUCAGACCGGCUGAGUUCCACUGGAAACUGGACCAGAUCUGUGACAAAGAGUGGCAUUACUACGUCAUCAACGUAGAGUUCCCAGUGGUGACGCUCUAUGUGGACGGAGUGACCUACGAUCCCUACCUGGUGACUGAUGACUGGCCCAUCCAUCCCUCUCAGAUCGACGUGCAGCUCACAGUGGGAGCAUGCUGGCAAGGAGGAGAGGUGACCAAGCCGAGGUUCACUCAGUACUUCCGGGGAAGCUUAUCUGGACUCACCAUCCGACCGGGGAAGAUCGAGAGCCAGAAAGUCAUUUCCUGCCUGCAAGCCUGCAAAGAGGGACUGGACAUCAACUCCUUAGAGAGUCUGGAUAAGAAUAUAAAGUUUCACUUUAACCCAGCUCAGUCUAUCUUGGUAAUGGAGGGAGAGGACAUGGAAAACAUGAACACUGCUGUGAGGAAAGUUUCCUACAUCAACUCUCGCCAGUUUCCCACACCAGGCAUCCGACGUCUGCACAUCUCCACCGAUGUCCAGUGUUUUGGUGAGGACACUUGUAUCACCAUACCAGACAUCGAUGCAGUGGUGAUGGUGCUGCAGCCCAGUGAGCCCAGGAUAACCAUCAGCGGAGUGGAGAGACUGAAUCGACCGGCCUCCGACAUGAGAGUGCCAGGAGGCGUAGCUCUGUUCCAAGACCUCCACAUCAUCAGCACAGUCACCAGAGCAGACACCACCACACAUCACACAGCACGCAGACCUGGGGUCCUGGAGGAGAUUAUUCAUAACUUGGACUACUGUGAUGUACUGGUGUUGGGGGAGGAGCUGAGACCAGACCAGGAGUCCCUCCAAAUACAACGCAGCGUCCUGCUUGGAAAGCACCUGGAUGCCACAAAUUCAACAUCUGGCAUGUCCAUUUAUGGUGUGGACUCCAUGUCCAAUUACGAACAGGUGAUCAGACAGGUGCGCUACUAUAACUUGCAGCCCGGAGUACUAACAGAGAGAAGGUUCCGCCUCACCUGCUCGGAGCUCAACGGACGCUACACCAGUAACGAGUUCAACCUGGAGGUGAGCGUACUGCACAGCUCAGAAUCUGGGGAACAUGUCAAUCACAUGGUAGCUCCGCCCCAGUACAUGCAGGUGGUCCACCAUCCGUCCAUGAUUAAUGACCUGUACCCCAGCCACAGUUCAGGUGAGAGCGUGCCAAGCGCUGCCACAGUGGUUAUUGUGAUGUGUAUCGCCGCUCUUGUGGUGGUAGUUGUGCUGGGCAUCUACCGUAUCCACCUGACCCACCAGCAGGAGGUGAAGCUGGCAGAGACCGCCAAAGAAGAGGACGUGACCUGGGACGACUCGGCUCUGACGAUCACAGUGAACCCGAUGGAGAACGUGCAGGGGCCCCAAGCUGCAGAGGAAGAGGCCAGCGAGGAGGACGAAGAUGAGGAAGAAGACGAAGAGGAGGAAGAGGAUGAUGAGGAAGAGGAAGACGAUGACAUAACUAGCGCUGAGUCAGACGACAGCGAGGAGGAAGUGGACGUCCAGUUACCCAGAAUGCAACGCCAGAACAAGAAGGGCCAAAGCUGGGACAAAGCAACAAUAUCUUACUGAAACAGUGACUCACACACACACACACACAAACACACACACACACUUACACACAUUGUGCAACACAUGCAUACUGAGGGUUGAAACAAAAAGACUUUAUGUGAUGUUGAUGCUCUAAAAAUAAGGUUAUACCUCCCCCUACUGGAAGAUCACACCGAGACACACAGACACACACAGUGCAAUGAUUUAACCUUAGCCUCCUGUUUUAUACAUCUGAUAAAACAAUCCACUAAAAACUGCUCGUCAAUCCAAUUGACUAUGAUCCUUCUUAAAGGGACAGUGCGCCAAAUUGAUCUCUUAUUACAGUGAACACCACAACUAUGAUGUUAAAGUUAAAUCAAUCAAACCCAGCACCAUACUUUCAGUAUGAUGUGUCAAUAUCCACACACAGAUUUCUGAUGUCCCUGAACAUGCAAACACUAGAGAAUAUGGAGUUGUAAAAGUGAAGAAUCUGACUAUUUUUGGUUUGUAUACUUCAUGUUAUUUAUCAGUCUUUGUUCUAGCCUAUGUGGCAAAGCCAGGGGAUUUUACAGAAAUAGCAUAUUUUCAAUGGUACUCACAAACAAACAGAUGAUGUGUGUGUAAUCAUGUUUCGGGGUCAGAGUUCUGGAUUUUUGGGAAAGACAGAGGAGUCUCCUUGUACAUUUUUAUACGCUCCUUUCUUGUAAAUACUGAGUGUAGUAGGUGACCCCCAUCCCUCACCCCCCCCCCACACCACCACUUUCUCCACCUCCUCUCCACCUGUACACAGCACACAUGCCACAUCUGCAUCUCUAUGUACACACCCUAACCCCAACCCUUAGCCUACAGGAGUCUUUACCGAACUGACCCCUCAGUCCUCUGUGUUUUUCUAGCUCAGUUUUCAGAUCACUCCAGCUGGCUGCAGGUGGGGUCUGUUAGGAUGGAUGAGCCACUGCCUUCAUAGUGACUGGGUCAAAGUUGCACACUGCAAGAUGUGAGACAAAAAAAUAAAAGGUACAGAGGAUGCAAGAGAAAGGAGAGCUCUGCGCUAGUCACCGUAAGAGUCGUUCAAAUUACACUUUAGUCUGAGUCGUGGUCACAGCAGGAAGUUCCUGAACUACUCAUUGCAGGGGAGCUACACCAAUACUUUAUCUACUCCUGCUUGUCAUUAUUUCUGCAUUGCAGAGAUACUGAAAAGUGGGACAUCAGCUUCAAAUGUGGAAAUGUUUGAGGGACUGGCCCUUUAAUUAAAACGAAUACAUAAUUAUAUUCAAAUGUUAAUUGACAGAAUCAAAGCCUUACGGCCAAAUUUCACCAGAUCCGUGUCCGGUCCGUCACCAGUCCGUCUCCGAUCUGUC